AUGGAGGCGCUGCUGGAUCCGCUCUCCUGGUGGUGGGUCACCGAGGAGCUCCUCGCGCGCCGGCUGGGUGUCAAGCCCGAGAUGGUGCGCUACCUCACCUGCCUGGCGCUGGUCUACCCCCUGGCCCUGCUCCACCGCCAGCUCCCCUCCACCCGCGCCCGCCACCUCCUCGCCCUCGUCGCCGGCCUCGCCCUGGCCUUUGCCAACUUCGGCCUCGACGCGCUCCACUUCGUCAUCUCCGCCACCGUGCCCUACAUCUUGUGCGCCCUCGCCCCGCGCCAGCGCCUCAUGCCCAUCGCCGUCUUCAUCUUCGCCCUGGCCUACAUCAGCGCUGGCCAUCUUCAACGCAUGUACCAAUCCGCCGCCCUGGGCGGCCCGGUCGUGCAUUGGACCUCGCCCCAGAUGCUCCUCACAGUCAAGAUUUCAUCUUUUGCCUGGGCCUACUAUGACGGCCACGGCCGGCCGGCCGGCGAGCUGCUGCCGAGCCAGGAGCAGCGGGCCGUGCGGGGCGGGCUGCCGUCGCUGCUGCACUACUACAGCUACGUCUUCUUCUUCGCCGGUUUCCUGACCGGCCCGAUCGCCGAGUACCGCGAGUACGCCGAGUUCACCGACCGCUCCAUGUUCGCCAAGGAGAAGGGUGGACGGAUUCCGGGCGGGUCGUGGAAGGCGGGGGUCGCGCGGCUGGGGAUGGCCCUGGCGGCGGUGCCGCUGUUCUACCUCCACCAGAAGUUCCCCGAGACCUUUGCCACCAGCCCCGAAUUCCUAGAGAAGUCGAUUUGGUACCGAUGGCUGUAUGUCAUGGUCUCCAGCGAGCUCGGGUUCGACAAAUACUACGUGGUGUUCUUCCUGGGCGAGGGCGCGAUCAUGCUCUCGGGCCUCGGCUACAACGGCCGCGACGCCAACGGCCACGUCCUCUGGGAUCGGCUCCUGAUGCUCCGGCUGAUUCCCUUCAAGCUGGCCCAGGACCCCUCCACCCUCGCCGCCAACUGGAACAUCGUGUCCGCCAACUGGCUCAAGCGGUAUGUGUACGUGCGGUUGCUGCCGGCGCGCACCAACGUGGUGGCGGACAAGGCCGGAGCCCCGCUGCCGCCGGCCAAGCCGGUCGGGUUCGUGCGCCAGAUCGUGCCCUUCUUCGCCACCUUCUUCGUGUCCGCCAUCUGGCACGCAAUCAGCAACACGACACAGGUCUUGACCCGUCUGGUGGACCUCCUCGACAACGAGACCACGCUCGUCAUCACCUCCGAUCACGGCCAUAUCGACCGCGGCGGUCACGGAGGCACUCACCCGCAGUUGAAGGCGAUUCCGCUGAUCGUGUACCAGCGCGGGAGCGGCCUGGGCAAGGGCGUCAAGGUGGACUACCCGCCGGCCGAGUCGGACAAGAGCGACCUGCCCGAGCCCAAGCUGCCCAUCGGCGGGUCCGACGGCGGCGGCGACGAUUCGGCCAAUUACGAAGGCGCCAAGCGAUCGGCCGGUGACGUCGACACUGACGAUGACAUCGUCGCAAACCAGGCCGCGACGUCGACACUGACCUACGGCCUGAGCGCCGAGCGGGCGCAGAGCAACCUGGCCGUGGUCGGCACCGUGUGCGGCCUGCUUGGCAUUCCGCUGCCGCGCCAGAGCCUGGGCCUCGUGGUCGAGGAGGUCAUCGACCACCUCCUGGUCGCCGACCCGCACCACCGCGAGGCCGUCUACCGCGACCUCUUCCUACAGAAGAAGGCCCUCGUCUACGAGCUCCUCCAGGUGCUCGACGUCGACAUGGGGCCGCUCACCGCCACCUUAAACUACUCUGUCUCUGACACGACGACGGACGACUGCAUGACGUCAGCAACGACCGCGACGCCCGAGGCACGCGUGGAAUGCUACAAGGCCAAGGCCAACCACCUGCUGCGCGCCUGGUAUGCCAACCGCGACGACGAGCUCGAGGCGCGCGUGACCCGCAACGUGCUGAUCAACCUGGGCGUCACCCUGGUCGCGCUGGGUCUGGUGCUGGGCCUCGUCCAGCGUUACUCGCUGGCCAACCCGCGCGCCAUCCCUGCGUACGUGUGGCGCGCCGGCGCGGUGCCGCUGGCCAGGCGCCUCAUCCGCGCGGGCCGCGCACUCGCUCGCCGAGGCCUCCGCCGGCCGCUGACCAUCAACGGGAUGGGCGAUGGGCUAUCGGCGCUGGAGGAGGUGGACGACGACGGCUCGGUGGUGGUGGUGGCGGAGCUGAACGACGCAGCGGAACGCGACACCGCGGGCUCGGAGGCGGCGCAGGACAUGCAGGCCCUGCUCGGCAGCUUCGUCGUCGUGGGCACCUACUACCUGAUCAACAUUGUGGCCGUCGUCCUCUAUUGCAAGCAACAGGGCAACGAUUGGGACUUUACGCUGUGGAACUUUGACGUGGACGCCUACCUCUAUCUGGCCCUCAUUCCGGUGAUGAGCGUGUUCGUGUUCCUCAUCCUCGCCCACCUCCACUCCUUCGUCGUCGUCUACCGCACCAUCCGCCGACUCCGCGCCGCCGAUUGCGUGCACGAGACGGCGCUGGUGCUGGUCUAUCAGCUGUACCCCUCGUCCUCACUCACUCCGGGCGGAGAUCACCACCAGUGGCCGGGCGGCUGGAAGACCUCCUUCCGCAGCACUCUCCGCUGCAGCUGCUCCGCCGCCUACCAGGCGGCCAUGGUGGUCGAGCGCUAUCUGUUUGCACACUACACGCUGCUCGUCGCCGUGAUGGGCAUGGUCGUCAUCAAGGCCCUCGAGGGCUGCUACGGCGUCUUCCUCCUCCCUGGAAUGUGGCGCGUGGUGCUGCUGAACGACCAGACGUGGGACCUGCGCUUCCGGCUGAUCGGGGUCGAGCUCAUGCAGGCGCCCCUCUUCGGUUUGGCCCUGCUGCAGCUGGGCCUCCUGCUCUACCUGCCCCGCUUCUCGGCCUCGUCGGCCCUCUUCGACCUCCUCUUCACCCGACGACGCCGCACUUGUGGCGCCGCGCGCCACGCCCAUCGCUCGCUGCCCACGCAGGAGGAAUUCGCCGAAGACAACAACGGAAGCGAACUGGUCGUCGAUCGGUUCGUCGCCGACCAGGCGGCCGACGAUGAUGACGACAAUGACAAUGAGAAUGAGAACGGAACCCGUGGCGAGGAGGAUGACGAAGAAGACGAGAUCGAGUCCGUGCCCGUCGAUGACCUGCCUGCGCUUCUGGCCCGCGCUGCGAGCCAGGUGGGUCGUGUGGCCUCGCCCAUCGUGUUUUUCGAAGCGCAGGCCUUGCAAGAAAUGGUGUGA